AUGACGUCACAGAUGUGCUGUAAAUCAGUGGGAACUGAUCUGUCCAUGCUGGAUAUUGAUGAUUUCAUCACAGAAAUCUGUCAGCUGAAGAAAGAGGUGGCGUUACUGGAGGAAAAGCUGAGGACAAGAGGAGAUGAACUCAACACUGAGAAGUCCAGACACACACAGGACUCGGAGCUCAGCCUCACUUUACUCUGUUAUACUGACACAAACCCCACAGACGCUCAGGACACUGUGUGUGACAGUAAUCACACCUUGAAUCAGGAUGAAUCUACUGAUCAAACCUCCACAGAGUCUCUGGAUUCUGUCUGUAACGCUGGAGAACAGCAGAUCCUGAACACCAGACCACUCAACAUGUGUUCUGUCACACUGAUGGACUGCAGGAAACUGAUGGAGAUGAGAAGACAAACACCAGCAGAAGAAGAAGAAGAACAUCACACUGAUGAAGAUGAUUUUAUUCCUUCAGAUGAGAGCGGUGAUUCAUGUUGUGAUGGAGAAACGGCCUCUACAUCAAAACAGCGACUGACAGCACAAACUCUUUCCUGCAUCACCUGUGGAAAGACAUUCAGUUCACAGAGACGUUUAGAGACACAUGAGAGAAAACACACAGAACAGAAACUCUUCACCUGCACCAGAUGUGACAUCAGCUUUCCUACCUUACAAGAGAAGAAACUUCAUUCACAAGAGCACAGAGACCAGAAACACUUUCACUGUCAGCAGUGUGGGAGAGCUUGUGUCUCGUCUUCUAGUCUGAACGCUCACAUGAGGACACACACUGGAGAAAAACCUUUCCACUGCAGUGAAUGUGACAAAUAUUUCAGAACCAAAGGAAAUCUUGAUAUUCAUCAGAGAAUUCACACGGGAGAAAAACCGUACGCGUGUCCUCACUGUGACAAGAGAUUCAGCCAUUCAUCUGAUGUUAAGAAACACAUGCGUUCACACACCAAUGAGAGACCGUAUCAGUGCAGUGAAUGUGGAAAAACCUUUAAACGGUCAUAUGAUCUGAAAUCACACCUUAAAACACACUCUGAGGAGAAACUCUAUCAGUGUUCACACUGUGAUAAACGCUUCCGUCAGAAAUCUCAGCUGAUAACUCAUGAGAGAAUUCACACUGGAGAGAAACCUUACCUCUGCUCUCAGUGUGGAAGGAGCUUUACUUAUCCACGUCAUUUCAGAGAUCAUCAGAGAAUUCACACUGGAGAGAAACCUUAUCAGUGCAGUGUUUGUAAAAAGAGUUUCACUCGACAAGACACUUUAGCGAAUCACAAGAGAACACAAACAGGUGAAAGACUCUAUAAAUGUUCUCAGUGUGACAAGACGUUUGCUCGAUCAGAUGUCCUAAAAACCCAUGAGAGAGUUCACACUGGAGAGAAACCUUAUCACUGCUCCAUCUGUGGAGAGAGAUUCACUUAUUUAGGAAGUUUAAAUUCUCAUCAGAAGAAACAUGCUGAAGAACAAACUGCACUGGAAUCAUCAUAGUGUUUACUUUAAUGUGCUCUGUGAUGAACUGACCACCUGACCAGUUAUUGCCGCUGAAUGUUGUUGUGUUUGAAAAACAAACUUAUUGUAAUGAUCUACUUCAUGAGGCUUACGAUGCUGUAAAAGUGUUACAAGAACAUGUCUUUAAGAUGAAAUAAAAUCAAUAUAAUUAAGAUUAAGAUGUGCAUGUGAGAAUAGAGUGCCUCUAAAGUCUCAAAAUAGAUAUUUCAAAUUUACUAGCAAAAUUCUGUAUUUUAUUUUUUUAACUGUGUAACAAAACACACUAUAACAGGGUUAACUUCAGGUUUUCUUAACACAAUGCGCAUUUCUUAGCAUAAACAAACAAUAAUAGGGCAGUUGUGGCCUAAUGGUUAGAGAGUCGGACUCGUGACCAGAAGGUUGCCGGUUUGAUUCCCAGGGCCGGCGGGUAACAACUGAGGUGUCCUUGAGCAAGGCACCUGACCCCUACUUGCUCCCCGGGCGCUGCAGUGAUAGCUGCCCACUGCUCCGGGGGUACGUGUGUUCACUACUCUCUGGAUGGGUUAAAUGCAGAGGUCACGUUUCGUUGCCUUGUACCUUCGUACAUGUGCAAUGACAAUAAAUUGAAUCUAAAUC